GCGACGAGCGGUCGUGCGGCUACGAGGCGAGCGGUGGCGAGUCGCGCGAGUGGCAUGUGAGUUGGUGAUUGUGUCGGUGGCGCGGAGUCAUGCUGGGCGGUAUGGACGGCAAGGAGUACGGCGCGCUGCACGCGGCCGCCGCAGCCGCAGGGUACGCCAUGGACACUGAUCCGACUGGUGGCGCGGUGGGCAGCCCCGGCAUGGGGGGCGGGCAGCAGUACGGCGAGGUCAACCAGCUGGGGGGCGUGUUCGUCAACGGACGACCGCUGCCCAACGCGGUGCGCCUGCGCAUUGUGGAGCUGGCACAGCUCGGCAUCAGGCCGUGUGACAUCAGCCGACAGCUCCGGGUGUCGCACGGCUGCGUGUCCAAGAUCCUUGCGCGCUACCACGAGACUGGCUCCAUCCUGCCGGGAGCUAUCGGAGGAUCCAAGCCUCGAGUUACUACGCCUAAGGUUGUAUCAUACAUAAAGCAGCUUAAAGCUAAGGACCCGGGAAUCUUCGCGUGGGAGAUCCGGGACCGGCUGUUGGCGGAUGGCGUGUGUGACAAGUACAACGUACCCUCCGUGUCCAGCAUCAGCCGGAUCCUGCGCAACAAGCUGGGCGGCGCGCUCUACCCCGUGCCCUCGCUGUACUCGGUGCCGCCGCAGCGCUGCUGGCCGCUUCACCAGCCCUACGACUACUAUAUGUACCUGCAGGGCCGCCAGCACGCAGCGGGCGCCCCCCACGGGCUGCACGCCCCCCACCAGCCCCCCGGGCCCCACCACGCGCACGCUCACGCCAUGUGACCCCCGCUGCCGGCGCCCGCCGGGAUGACGUACGCGGCUCCCGCGGCCGCUCCCGCCGUCACCUCCGCGUACUGCGGCGCCGCGGCCGGCUCCUCCUUCACUAACAAGGACGCGUUGAGCUGACAUUCAUAGACUGGUGUGUUUCGAGAUACAAUCAACGUUUGUGUGUGUGCUAUGUAUACGUCCAGCAGCCAGCCUGCGGUGUGCUGUAAAUAAGAUGAAUUACUGCUAGAUUUUAAUAAAUUGUAUAAAUCUUAAAUGAGAUAAAUUAUAACCAUCCACUAAAUAAGCCUAUUGCUGUGCUACCUCCUAUAUAAGCAUCCAUCAUAUAUAAUUUAUUCUACAGGAUGGUGUUUUUCAGAGGAAUAUAUAAAUAAUGUAUUGAGAUAAUAGGUAAAACAAAAUAUAAAAAUCCAAAGUGGAUUAAUAGGCUCAAUAUAAGCUAAAUGGAAAAUACAUUCUUUCAGUAGAAUCAGAACUCAAAAGAUGUGUCUGUAAAAUAAAUUAAAUCAAAUAUUUUUAUUCAAUAUUCCACUUUUAAAUCACUUAUUGAAAGUUAGAAUGUGUCGCUCAUUCUAUUCCAUGGCUCCAGCGAAGCCGUGAGCAAGCGAGGCUCAGUCCUCGACUGAAGUGAUGUUAGGUAUCGACCUAACAUUAUAAAACUUACAAAAUAUGUAAUAUGUAAUGUUUGUGUUACUGUGGCAUUCUUUACAGAGAUUGUAUGUAUGUUUAAAUGUUUGCACUCUGCAAUGCAAUGUUACAAUCGCAAUGUAGGCAGAUAAGACCUACCUACCUAUAGUCGUGGAUAAUAAUUAUCUAUAAUUGUUUGUACAUUUCGAUAAAAGUAUUACUGUAUUAUAAUAUUAAGAUAUAUUAUUGUUAGAUAAGGUUUAAUUAAGAGUAAUAUUAAGUUUUAAAAUAAGUACAUAUUUAUGUUAUGUCACGAUUCAAAUUAAUUUUUAAGAAGAUUGACACUGUGAUCAUGUUAAUACAAAAAUGCCUAUAUGGUGCACCAGUAUAAUAAUAGUCCACAAGAUAAUAAUAUCAAUUAGGUACCUAACUACUUAAUUCGUUUCUGGCAAUUUAUUUUGACAUAAUUAUUUUUACAACUUAAAUUUAAAAAUAAUAAUAUUUGAAAUAAUAAAAGAAUGACGAAUGAAAUUGAUGCACUUAUUUGUUUAUAAGGCACUAGCGGCCCGCUCCUAUGUCAUUCACUCAAAAAAUGAUUAAAAUCGAUCCAGUAGUUUUGAUUUAUUCAUUACUGCCCGUGGCCCGCACGCGUUAAAUUUAGAGUAAAACAAUUCUUCUUUCCCUAAACCAUGAAGAUUUCCUGAUAUCUUUGGAAUGUCUAAAUUCAUACACUACAUUUUUACUUAUUUACUUUUUACAUUUUUACCUAUUUAUUUUAUUUUUACAACAAUUAAUAAAUUACAGUGCUAUUUUAUAGGCACGCUCCCGCCGCAAACGCUACGUCCCGCAUUUUUAAAUCUGUAAUAUCUUCGAAAAUAUUCAUUUAGAUCAUAUGCUGUAAAGGGCCACAUAGAUCUAUCAACAAUGUAUUUGAGGUAUUUAAUUAGAUAAGGAUUAAUGCUGUAUUGGCUAAAAUCGCUUCGAAAAUUAGCCAUUAUUUGUCGUAAAAGUAAAUGACAAAAAAUUGUGGGAUAUCCAUAAGAGAUAGACAUAUACCAUAGCGAAGUUUUCUGUAGACCUUUUCAAUGUGUUCAAAUACUUAGUACAUUAUUUUGAUAACUAUCGUAGGGUUCAGCCGGCGUUUGCAAUGUAAGCGGAAAAAAUGUAAUUAUUUACGACAUCACAUUAGAUACCUCAAAAAUAACAGUAUUUAUCCACUAUUUAAUGGAUUUUAUUAUACAUAUAAACCUUCCUCUUCAAUCACUCUAUGUAUUAAAAAAAUAGCAUCAAAAUCCGUUGUGUAGUUUUAAAGAUUUAAGCAUACAUAGGGAUAUAGGGACAGAGAAGCGACUUUGUUUUAUACUAUGUAGUGAUGACUAAAAUUGACAAUAAUCACAGGUAUAUAUAUAUAUAUACCUGUAUAAUAAACCGAAUAGACUGAGAUUAUCUAAAUUAGGUAGGGGACUGUUGUAACUUGGCACUAUGUGUACCUAGGCCAUUAGGCUUUGCACGUCACUAUUGACUAUUCAAUUUGAAACAACAGGUUCCCCUAUCUAUUCAAUAGUUACUCACUCGUAGUGAGUAUGUAUAGUAUUCAAUAGUUACUCACUUUUAGUGAGUAAGUAUAGUAUUCAAUAGUUACUCACUUUUAGUAAGUUUAGUAUUCAAUAGUUACUCACUUUAAGUGAGUACUACUUUAAGGGUGCAGGCAAUGUUGUAGGUAUUUACCUAAUUUGUAGGCCGGUUAGCCAUGUAGAAUGAAUAGUUAGCAGAGUUUUUGCAAAUUAUUUUUUCCACCUAAAUCGUCAUUAUUAAUCUGCCUAGGUUAAUAAUGAAAGUGGAUACUUACUGGAAACGGGAAUACCGUUGACGGGGACUGAGUAGCGGGGGCAUGAAUUAAUCGAAAUUUGUCUGUAAUGCGCUAAUCUCGUGAGAUAAUUUAAACAUUUUUUUCUUAUAAAUGUAUUCAGUAAUCGUGUCUUGAAUAAUAGAUGGAUAAUAGAUUGAUAAUACUGCGUUUUUUGGCCAAUUUAAAGUAAUGGUGUAUUUUCAACAUACAAUCUGACCGAAAUAUCUCCUCUAUGUAAUGCUACACUUCACCUGUUUAGAUCCGAGCUGGUGCUUAAAUAAACACCAAAAAUGUAAAUAUGAACCCGACUUCAUGUUCCUUUUACGUUUAUCUCAGAGACAUCUCGCAUUUUUAUAAUUUUAUAAAAAUAAUCGUGACAAACAACACGAAAGCUGUGAAAAAGUAAGAAAACAUUGAUUGAUUUUUUAAUUUUCUGCUAGUCUUAAUUAUCAUUUUAAACGAGAAAACGAUAUAUCAAACUGCUGUAUUUAUGUUAAAUAUGAUGGUACCUAUUUAUCAAUAAACAUAUUUGUGUAAAGUUACUCGCAAAAUUUAUUUUAAGUUAAAUAAAUUGCGGUAUGUACUUAUGUACCUAAGUAAUAAAUACGUUAAUUAUU